AUGUCUGUAUUUUAAUUAGGUGAAUUAACUUAAUAAUUAAAAAAUAAAACUAUUAAAUUCUUUAUUUUUACAUAAUCAGGGUAACACAGGUACAGGAAUAUUUUUGAAUUAAGCAAGUAUUGAAAUUUUGAAUUGUAAGUUUAGAUAAAAUAAUGCUAUAUAUUUUGGAGGAGCUAUUUACAUGUAAAAUUGUACGAAUGACUUUAAAAUAAUUAAAUCAAUGAUAAUGGAGAACAAUGCUUAUCAAGGAGGUGGGAUUUUUUUCAAUGGUAGUAAUUAAUUAAAUGCUAUAAAUUUUGAAAAUUCAUUAGUUUAGUAGAACAAUGCCUUAUUAUUUGCCAAUAACUUAGUAGAAGAUCCUCAUCAUCUGUCACUUUUAAUAAAUGGUAAAGAAAUGGGUUCAGUACAAAAUAAACUUGAUAAUAUUACAUCAAAUAUUUUGAAAAUAAAAUCAUACAAAAUUGUAGAAUAAGGAUAAUAACAAUCCACAAAUAUAUUAAUACUCCCUAGCAAUUAAAUAAUUUCAAACUAUAAGAUUUUCAAUCCUUAAAAUUUAAAUUAUAUAAAAUUUAUUUAUGAAUUGUAACUUAAUUAUAAAAAUACUUUAAAUGAAAAAUUACUAAAUUUUUCAGAUUCAUUUUGUACACUUGAUUUAACAAAUUAAUCAUUAAAUAAUUCAUUAAGUAAUGCUCAAACUAUAUUUUAUAAUUAAUAAAUAGAUGGCUUUGAUUUAGGAGCAUAAUCUAUUAGUUUUGAUCCUUACAUAAAUAAUAGUCAAGUAUUUAAAUUAAAAAUUAACUGUUGCUCUAAAUUUUAUUAAAAAAAUUUACAAUACAUAAUAACUGGGAAAACUUUUAAAUGUCAAUUAGGAGAAUUCUAUUAUAAUGAGGGUUGUUCAUUAUGUGAACCUAGUUAAGGAUUCUAUUCUGUUACAUACAAUAAUACAAAAUGCUCUAUUUUUGACAAAACUAAAUUUUUAAAUAUAACUUCAAAUUAAAUUUAGUUGUUAGAAGGUUAUUGGAGACCAAAUCAUAUGUCAGAUUAAACUGAGUAUUGUUAUAAAAAUUAAGAGUUUUGUGAGGGAGGUUGGAAAGUUGGAAAUGAUUUGUGUAAAUUUGGUCAUAUUGGGGCAUUAUGUGAAGAAUGUGAUAUUUAUAAUAUAAAAGGAGAAGGAAAGUUUUUUAAAAUAACUUCAGAUUAAAUUUGUACAGAGUGUAGUGAUGCUGUAUUUGAUAGCCUGUUACCAAUAUUUUUUGCUUUCAUAUGGUAUCUAAUAGUGUAUUAAAUAUAGGUCAAUUUUAUAAAUUAUUUUAUCUUUAAGAAGUAUUGAUAACUCAAAUAGAUUAUUUUAUUCUUUAAAAAUGAGAUAAAGCUAAAGACUGAGCAAAAUACUAUUCAAAUAAAGUUAAGGUAUUUUUUAAUAAUAUCUAAAGAUCAUUAAAGUAUUUUGAUAAAGAUGUUUAUCAAUUAUAUAUGGAUUUUUUCCCUCAUAUUUACUUUUAAUAUUUAAUUUUCUAUAUUUUUUGGUUUUGUUGAUAAAGCUAGUAAUAUAUCCUCUUUUAUGGCAAAUAGUUUGGAAUGCCAAAUUUCAGAAAUAAAUAACAUUUAAUUAAUUUAUUCUAGAAUAAUAACUAUGUUUAUUAUUGUAUUGAUAUUAUUCCUCAUUAUAAAUGGAGGAUUUUUGAUUCACACUCUGGUACAUCAUAAAAUAAUAAAUAAUAGCUUAAUUUCAAAUACAGCAACUUAUCUUUAUAUUGCUAAUUAUGCUGA